UCGUCCACAAGAAAGUCAUUAUUCGGUGACACGCCUUAUCCAAUUGACUUGUCAUCAUAUUAACAGUAUCUAUCGCCUGAAAAUAUCGAAAAGUAUAUUAUCUACGAGAAGAAGAAGAAGAAGAAGAAGAAGAAGAAGGGAAAGGGAAGAUGGAGGCAGGGAUGCAAUUGGCACUUCCCGUACUGGGAAUUGUAGCUGCUGCUGCUGUUACUUUCUAUGCUGUAAGCUUUGCUGAGAUCAGAGAGAAAUCUCUUAGGGACUUGGAAGAAUCAGAAUAUGAAGAUGGUGGAGCGUUCAAGCCAUCUGUCAGCUCCAGAGAAAGAAGAGCAAGAAGAAAGGCUGAAAAACAGGCUAAGAAUUGAGCAAAAGAAUGAUCAGAAUAACAAAACCACAGCUAUAGCUAUUUGCUUUAUCAUAAAACCCUUUUUAUUCAUAUUAUAGAAUUUGAAUUUGCGGUACUUCUGUGGUUAUAUAAAUUGAUGAGCCAUUGUUAUA